AUGGUAGAAGAGAACAUCGCAGACUCCGUUCGAAAGUGCCUUGAUAAGUUCUAUGUUGUACGAAAGGCUGUGUCCUCGGAAGCUGCUGCUUUUGACCAGAAAGCCGCGUUCGGGGUUGAGGAGGAUGAAGCUCGUUUCAAAAUAUGGACAGGGAACAUCGGAGCGCACAGUACGAGACGGCGAUCGCUACAAUACCGACUCAGAGAUGCGUCUCAUUUGCAGAAGCAAAUAAAGUCUCUUCUCAACGAGUUAUCGGAGCUCUUGGAAGACGCGUUUCUCAUUAUAUCAGGCGCAAAAGUUCCUUGGGAUCGUGCCGAAGAUGAUAUGACCAGCCCACUGGAGGAUGAUUAUGAUGCCGACUCUGAAUGUGAUGAGAUACCAACAACCGAGAUGGCACAAAUUGCGCAAAAUGUUUCGGACGUCAUCAACUGUCUCUUGCGACUUAGCGUCGCCAUCAGAAACCCAGCUCCCCACGAUCGCUUCACAACAUUUCUUUCAAUCGAUGCCUCACAUUACGAACCGUUUGACAUUCAGCAUGUUAAAACUAAGUUUGACAGGAUUGAACCAUUCCUGGCUGAUAGGCUGGGUCAAGCAACAUCGCGCAGGAGACAAUACUUCAAGUACCGCGAAAACCACCACUUGAAGCUUAAACAAGGCCUUGAUCCAGCGGAACAGAAUGAUUUGGAGAGUACCAUUGCGAGCUCCCUGCCUCGACACGCAAAGGCCGCUGGUUUUAGCCUUGGAGCGAUGGACGAAGAUGAAGCCUCCGAUUCCGGCCUCACACAAACCUCACUCGCAUCGUCCAAGGAGGGGAGUGAGAAGCUUCGUAUUCCUCCACUGCCAAAGGAAGCGGAGGAUGGACCGUUCGAGUGUCCAUUCUGCUAUAUGAUGAUAAUAGCUACCAGCACGGCCUCUUGGAAGCGACACGUACUUGCCGACCUUCGGCCCUACGUCUGUCUUUGGGAAGACUGCACAGCUCCCGAGAUGGAGUUCAUGCGAAGACACGACUGGAUGUUGCACGAGAUACAGAAUCAUAGGAAGACAUACAAUUGCCCAUGCUCAUGUGGAAAAGUCUUCCGAACGAAGUCACAGUGCCGAGACCAUGUUACCCGAGAGCAUCCCAAAGCCUUCCACAAAAACCAACUUGACACGAUGAUAGAUCUGGGCACCAAGGUAAUGGAGGACGGCGAGGAAAUCUGUUGUCCGUUGUGCAAAGAAGGUCUUCAAUCUAUGAAGGAGUAUCAAAGCCAUGUUGGCAGACAUCAAGAGCAGCUCGCACUCUUCGCCCUCCCAUCACGAUCAACAGGUAACGAUGCACAGGUGGAGAGUAAUGACUCGGGAACGCAAAGCAUUGCUUCAUUCAAAGAUCUGAUCUCUAUUCCUGGAGACACAAGACAGGCAAACCAAGUACAUGGCAGCCCAACAGUCGAGGUCCAAGCAAGCGACAGCGCUGUGGACGAACACAAUGAAACAGAACAUGCUCGCCUCAAUUCUUUCUUCGUUGAAGAGGGUACUGCACCUCAUGCAAAAGAUGAGAAGUUGGAGCAAGCACAUCCACUUAAGAGUAUCUUGAAACAGCACAGGGCCGACUUCUCAGAAGUUCCAAACCCCAAUCGCAAAAACGUUGCAUCUAAUAAAGAUGACGAGAAAACCAAGGGAAUACCUCUAGUAUCGAAAUGGACUAAAAUAAGCCGUCACGUUGUCAGCCCUGAAGCUUUAAUUAAUGGCAGGGAAAGAUUUAAGAUCAAACACGACUUGAUAAUCGUGCUGCGAGAACUUACCAAGGAGGAAGUUCAAGCAUAUAUUUUAGCAACAGCAGUUUUGAAGGAUAGGGCAAAUGCAGGAACCAGCAAAACCGACAGUAGUCCUGCUUAUGAUCCUACUGAGACUGGCGGCGGAGGCAAGGCCGAACCUUUGUUCCCAUAUACACUCAACGAGCAUUCGAGGACUUUCGGGGAAGAGAUCAGAAAGGUCAAGGCAUCGGGACAUGAUAGCGAUGGGUAUGAGAGUACAGAUGAAAGUACGGGGGAGCUUUCCGAUACUGAGAAGAGAAGUCGCAUGGGAAACUUUUGGCUUGGGACUGAGGAUGAAAUUCCGGGUGAUCUUUAUGGAUGA